CGUGACGCUACAGCUUGGGGGGAGAGAGUAAGACUUCGCCAGAAUUAUUCCUACAAGCAGAGAUACUUUUACUGGAGAUGAACAGCCUUUCUAUCCCAUCCACUGGAUGUACAUGAGAUUUGACGAGCGAUGAGUGGGAGGAUUCUCUCCCACCGACUUGGGCCGCUCUUGCGGACUCGGCUCCUGGCGCGACAGCUUCACAACGCAGGUGCAAGAACAGGCGGACUGCUGCGUGCUGAUGGCAGCGCUGUGCUACGAGGCCGCUCGUGGCCGCUUGGGGCAAAUGCAAUUCACAACAAUGUGCCCGCUGUGCGGACCAUUUCCUUUGCGAGGAUCCUGCCGAGGCUGGCGUUGAAGCUCGCCAGGGUGCCGGCGAUGUUUGGGGGGGCGAUGAUCGCGGGGUUGGCUUAUAUCCAGUAUCAGGCGGCGCAGGCAGGGAAUUACGCAAUAGACUUCUUCAAGCGGACAGGGGAUAUGGCAGGUGAAGCGGCAAGCAGCUUGUUCGGCGAACUCCAGGGGAUAGUAGAGCAGACACAGCAAGGGUGGCAGAAUACAACUGAAGACGUCGAGUUGCCCGAGUGGCUGCAGAAGAUUUUCCGUCUCAACGAGGAGUCCUCCCGGUCAGGGGGCGGCGGCGGCGGUUCUUCGGGAGGGGGCGGUUCACCACAAGAAAGCAGAGCUGGCAUGGCAGCUGUGGGUGCAGCAACAGGUGCAGCCUAUGGAUAUGACCAGUCCGAUGAAGAUGACCUCCGGGCGUCCAGGGAAAGAGCGGAAGACGACCAGAUGAUGCUUCUGACGCGAAAGAUGAUCGAGAUCCGGAACAUCUUGCAGACCGUCGGGCAGUCAAAUACGCUGACUCUGCCAUCAAUUGUGGUCAUUGGAUCACAGUCAUCCGGGAAGAGCUCGGUUCUCGAGGCGAUUGUGGGUCACGAGUUCUUGCCCAAAGGUUCCAACAUGGUCACCCGGCGACCCAUCGAACUCACCCUGGUCAAUACCCCGAAUGCACAGGCGGAAUACGGCGAAUUCCCGGCCUUGGGACUGGGGAAGAUUACCGACUUCUCACAGAUCCAACGUACGCUGACCGAUCUCAAUCUGGCGGUCCCCGAAAAGGACUGUGUCAGCGAUGACCCGAUCCAGCUUACCAUCUACUCGCCAAACGUGCCGGAUCUUUCACUCAUCGACCUUCCAGGCUAUAUUCAGGUCGCGGGCCGAGAUCAGCCGCCGGAGCUGAAGCAGAAGAUUUCCGACCUGUGCGACAAGUACAUUCAGUCGCCGAAUGUGAUUCUGGCCAUCUCCGCUGCCGACGUGGACCUUGCCAACUCGACGGCACUACGAGCCAGUCGACGGGUGGACCCGCGAGGCGAGCGCACGAUCGGCGUCGUCACCAAGAUGGACCUGGUCGAUGCGGAGCGAGGCCGCAGCAUCCUGGCCGACAAAAAGUACCCGCUUCGGCUCGGGUAUGUCGGGGUGGUGUGUCGCGUGCCGCAGACGACGGCUCUCUUCUCUCGAGGCAGCGGCAACAUCACCAGUGCGAUCCUCAAGAAUGAACAUGCCUUCUUCUCGGCGCAUCCGACGGAGUUUGGCCCACACUCCGAGGUGGAAGUGGGCGUGACGACUCUGCGGAAGAAGCUGAUGCAUGUUCUCGAGCAGACGAUGGCCUCGAGCCUGGCGGGGACUCGGGACGCAAUCAGCCAGGAACUGGAGGAGGCGACGUACGAGUUCAAAGUGCAGUACAACGACCGACCCCUCAGCGCCGAGUCGUACCUAGCCGAGAGCCUGGACGGGUUCAAGCAUUCGUUCAAGGCGUUUGCCGAAGGAUUUGGGCGACCGCAGGUGCGCGACAUGCUCAAGAACGAGCUGGACCAGCGGGUGCUGGACAUCCUGGCACAGCGGUACUGGAACAAACCCGUGGAGGACCUUCUGGUGCCGAUGCCGGAACCAGACCCGCUGAGCGACCUGGCCAAGGCGGACCCGGAGUCACUGUACUGGCGGCGCAAGCUGGACGCCUCGGCGUCGGCGCUGACCAAGUUGGGGAUCGGGCGGCUGGCGACGACGGUGGUGGCGACGGCGCUGCAGAACCACGUGGACCAGCUGGUGGCCGGGUCGACGUUCGCGGCGCACCCGUAUGCGCAGAAACAGAUCCUGGACGCGACGAACCGGAUUCUGAACGACCGGUUCUUCAGCACGAGCGACCAGGUGGAGAACUGCAUCAAGCCGUACAAGUUUGAGAUCGAGCUCGAGGAGCCCGAAUGGGCCAAGGCGCGCGAAAACGCCGGCCGCGUGCUCCGCGACGAACUGCGAGCGUGCGAGUCGGCCCUCAAGCGCGUCGAGGAGACGGUCGGCAAACGCAAGCUCAAGGACGUGAUGAGCUUCAUCGACCAUGUACGCAAGGGCGAGAUCGUCCUCGAGGGCGACGGCUCCGCGGGGGCAGGAGGAUUCAGUUCUGCAUUGCUGGAAAGGGGCCGCGAAGGCGUCUUCCUCCGCGACCGAUCGGAAAUCAUCAAGAUGCGCCUGCUAGCCAUCCGGUCGAAACAGUGCGCCUCAAAGAAGAACCAGAUGUACUGUCCGGAGAUCUUCCUGGACGCCGUGGCCGACAAGCUCACCGCGACGGCCGUGCUCUUCCUCAACGUCGAGCUCCUCUCGGAAUUCUACUAUAAUUUCCCGCGCGAGCUGGACGGCCGCCUCGGCCGCCACCUCUCCGACGCCGAGGUCGAGCGGUUCGCCCGCGAGGAUCCCCGGGUGCGCAAGCAUCUGGACGUCAUUCGCAAGAAGGAGCUGCUCGAGCUUGCCUUGCAGAAGAUAGAGGGCAUCCGUCAGCUCGAUCCUAGGGCCAACGCCAGCAAUCAUACUCUUGGAGCAGGUGCUUCGGGUCGUGCUCAAGAGAAAAGGAGUCGGUGGAAUUUAUUCUAACCAAAUUUCUCACUAUUACCUUUCUAGAUUGACUUGAGGAGGUCACACUUGUCGGGUCUUCUAGUUAUAUUAAAUCAUUAAUACGUCCGCUCUGUUCAAAAUAAAAAUAGGUCAUCUCUGGCGUAAUAAUCUAGUGUUGAAGAGUAUUGAAUUACUGGUCUAUUCUAUCUAUGCUACAUUCUUUUUUCCUCCGCAAUAAACACUAUGUCACAGGACAGGAUCACAAAGGAGAUCAGACGAUAAAACAGAGAGAGACAGGACAGGAAGAGGAAGCCAACAUUGUAAGGCGUAGGUUGUUCGAGGCAUGCUUCUUUUUUUUUCUUACUCCCGCGAGACGUCACGGCCGAA